UCACCAUAGGCUUCUGUAUCUUCUACUUUCCAAUGUGAUUUAAAAUUGUUUUGCAGUGGGGUUGCACAGAGGCUCAGCAUCAUUGCAUGGGAGUUCUAGUUGCUCCAGAUCUUUCUUCAGUAGUUGAUAUCAUUGUAUCAAAUUUUUACUAAUACUAUUGUGAUUUCAUCUGCAUUUCACCAAUAAUAAAUGGCAUUGAGCCUCUUGUCCUAUGUUGAGGCUAUCUGUAGAUGUGAGGACUUCUUCCUUGAUAUGGAUUUAUGGUGGAGGACUCAACCACCAAAGAUGGCUCUGAGUGUAGGCUGAAUGACUAAAAAUAUAAUGAUCUAGUUAUCUAAACAUAAAACAAAAUUGUUUAAGCAGUUUGGGGGAUUGGAGAAUGAGAUUUUUAGGAGAACCAUAAGAUAUCUAUCUGACUAUAUUCUUGAAGACAAGAUAGUCAUGGCAGUACAGGCAUGGUGGCACAUACCAUUUUGUCACCUGGCACUACACGUGUGUGCUUCCAUGACCUUGAGAAUAUAUAUGACUUUGAGUUUGGUGAGACAGAUGAACACAAAGCCCAGAGAAUCUGCAAAUUAUUUGAUUUAGAUUUAGAUAUUGUGUUUGGAAAACAUUUGACACAGAAAAUCAAGCAUUAGCAAGCAUUUAUUAUUUGCUUGUGUUAGCUUUAGAUAUGCAGAUGAUGAAUACUAAGAAAAAAAGCAUCACAGGUAGGGAUAGAUACCGUCAUGAAAAUUUAAGCUUCUCACGGGCAGGAACUCAUUCUUAACCCCACUAUGUGCCGUUACUAAGCGCAGUGAUCUUUAUGGGAUACUUCUAUGAUCUGAAGACUUGUGUCCUUCCAAAAUCCACAUGUUGACAUUGUAACCCCAAAGUGAUGGUGCUAGGAGGUAGGGGCUUUGGAGCUGACGAGAUGUUGAGAGUGGAUGCCACAUGAAUGGCAUUAAUUACAUUUUAAAAGAUACCCCAGGGAGAUUAACUUGCUCCUCCCCCCUUUUCCAAAGUCGUAAGGAAAAGUCAGCCCUCUAGGAAUUGGGCCCUCACCAUACACUGAAUCUACCAUAUCUUGAUUUCGGAUUUCCAGUCUCCAGAACUGUGAGCAAUGAAUGUCUAUGGUGUAUAAGCCCCACCACCACCCGCCCCACCGACACUCACCCCAGGCUAUGAUAUUUUGUUACAGCAGCCUGAAUGGACUAAGCCAACUUCUGUGUUUUGCUGUUGUCUUAUUUCUUUGGUCAGUGUAGGAUCUUACUGUCCACAUAGUUUGCCCUAGAAAGAUGUAUGCUCUAUUCUUAAUGGUGUAUUUGGCCUUUCCUAUCUAUGGAAUAUUUUCCUAUCCAAUCAGUCUUGGUAACAUAUAAAUGAUUAACUCUACCCUUGGGUAUAGUUUGGGUUCUGCUAAGUCCCCUGCUGAAAAUUCUGGUUUCUACCAUCAUGGCUCAUGCAUGUUCCUGACGCAUUAAACUUCAGUGGAAGAAUAGAAAUGGAAAGGGAGGUGAUGGAGUUGAUAUCUUAAACUGCAAUAUGGUGCAAGACCAUCUUGAAGAUAAUAUAUUUGGUGUCUUCCUUAUCUUUUUAAGAGCGGCCUUGCUAUGUUGCCUAGCCUAAAAUCAAACUCCUGGGCAAGUGAUGCUUGUGGCUCAGCCUCCCAAUUACCUGGCAUUACAGACAUGUACCACCAUGCCUGGCCACGUUUUUACUCUCCAAUUACUUAAUAUGUAGUAAAGCUAAUGGUUCACAGUGGUUCAUUUUUUUGUGUGUAUUCCAAUAACAUUUUAUUUAUUUAUUACCUUGAAAAUAUUCAAUAUUUAUUUGACAAGCUUUUAUAAUUUUAACAUUUUUUUUGAUUCAUGUGGUAUGAGUGUAAGUUUUUUUCUCUGGGUGUAUUGGAUGGUGCUGAGGUUUGAGGUGCAGAUGAUUCUGUCAUACACCUAUGGAGCAUAGUACACAAUAGGUAGUUUUCCAACUUGACCCUCUCUGUCACCCCUAUUCAGUAGUCCUGAGUUUCUGUUAUUGCUUUAUGUUCAUGAGUAUCCAACGUUUAGUUCCCACUUAUAAGUGAGAACAUGUGGUAUUUAACUUUCUGUUUCUGCAUUAAUUUACUUAGGAUAAUGGCUUCCAGCUGCAUCCAUGUUCCUGCAGAGGACAUGAUUUUGUUUGUUUUUAUGGCUGAAUAGUAUUCCAUGGUAUGUAUGCAUCACAUAUUCUUUAUUCAAACCACCAUUGAUGGGCACUUAGGUUGAUUCCAUGUCUGCUAUUGUGAAUAGUGCUAUAAUUAGCAUACAUGUGCAUUUGUCUUUUUUGUUAGAAUGAUUUAUUUUCGUAUAUAUAUAUAUAACCGUUAAUGGGAUUGCUAGGUCUAUGGUAGUUCCUCUUAAGUUCCUUGAGAAAUCUCCAUACUGUUUUACACAAUGGCUAAUUCACAUUCUCACCAACAGUAUAUGUAGCCUUCUCUUCUCUGCAGCCUCUAAGACACCUGUUGUUUUUGAUGUUUUAUGAACAGCCUUUCUGACUGGUGUGAGUUUUUGAUUUGCAUUUCUCUGGUACAAAAUGGUGGAUUUUGAAAUGAGAUUUGAUUUCUAAAUUUUAUAGAAACUGCAUAGAUGACUGCAAAGAACUCUUUAAGAUAUGACAAAAGACAGAUUAGAUUGUAAUCUCCUUUAAACAGGACAAGAAAUAAAGAGGAGAAUAUUAAAAUAUGUACACAUACAAAAGUAGAUGAAUUGGCAGAUUGCUGGUGUUGGAUGCAUGUUAAGCAGGGAUGAAGGAGGUGUGUGUGCAUGCAUUCAUGGCCAUGUGUUGAGGGUGGGCAUCCAUGUAGGUAACAGCAGAGAGCUUUGGGGUUCAGAAAAAAAAGAUAAGUCACAUCCCACUCAGGUACCCUAAAAUGUUGUCUUCUCUAGAAAUGAAAGAAGAGGGAAGUCAGAGAUGUCUGUAGCUUGCAUAGUUCUGGGAAUAGCUAUUCUAGACUUUGCCAGUGAACAGCAUAGAAGGAUUGUUGUUCAAGCCCAGUUAUUUGGGCAAAGAUCAGAUUCUGUUGCUUUUGUUUUCUGGAUGCUCCAUAAUGAAUGUGAGAUGGAAGCAGAUGUCUCAAGUGCUUCUUGUUCUCAGAAACCUCCUGACAGCAGACAUCUCAGUGGGCCCAGACCUUCAGUGUGUCUGUUGCAUUGGAGUUUUCGAAAGACUUAUCUUUCUGCAGGCUCACCUCUGAGCUUUGUCUCCUUGGAGCCACCUCACUUAGACAGCUUCGGAUGUGGAUGCAGAUUUGAACCAUGUCGCAUCCCCAGGGACUGCUAUGGCUCCCUUUGUUGUUCGCCUCUGUCUGUGUCAUGUUAAACUCCAAUGUUCUUCUGUGGAUAACUGCUCUUGCCGUCAAGUUCACCGUCACUGACAGCCAAGCACAGUAUCCAGUUGUCAACACAAAUUAUGGCAAAAUCCAGGGCCUAAGAACACCGUUACCCAGUGAGAUCUUGGGUCCAGUGGAGCAGUACUUAGGGGUCCCCUAUGCCUCACCCCCAACUGGAGAGAGGCGGUUUCAGCCCCCAGAAUCCCCAUCCUCCUGGACUGGCAUCCGAAAUGCUACUCAGUUUGCUGCUGUGUGCCCCCAGCACCUGGAUGAAAGAUUCUUAUUGCAUGACAUGCUGCCCAUCUGGUUUACCACCAGUUUGGAUACUUUGAUGACCUAUGUUCAAGAUCAAAAUGAAGACUGCCUUUACUUAAACAUCUACGUGCCCACGGAAGAUGGAACCAACAUAAAGAGAAAUGCAGACGAUAUAACCAGUAAUGACCAUGGUGAAGAUGAAGAUAUUCAUGAACAGAACAGUAAGAAGCCAGUUAUGGUCUAUAUCCAUGGGGGAUCUUACAUGGAGGGAACCGGUAACAUGAUUGAUGGCAGCAUUUUGGCCAGCUAUGGGAACGUCAUCGUUAUCACCAUUAACUACCGUCUGGGAAUACUAGGGUUUUUAAGUACCGGUGACCAGGCAGCAAAAGGCAACUAUGGGCUCCUGGAUCAGAUUCAAGCACUGCGGUGGAUUGAGGAGAAUGUCGGAGCCUUUGGCGGGGACCCCAAGAGAGUGACUAUCUUUGGCUCGGGGGCUGGGGCCUCCUGUGUCAGCCUGUUGACCCUGUCCCACUACUCAGAAGGUCUCUUCCAGAAGGCCAUCAUUCAGAGUGGCACCGCCCUGUCCAGCUGGGCAGUGAACUACCAGCCGGCCAAGUACACUCGGAUAUUGGCAGACAAGGUCGGCUGCAACAUGCUGGACACCACGGACAUGGUAGAAUGUCUGAGGAACAAGAACUACAAGGAGCUCAUCCAGCAGACCAUCACCCCAGCCACCUACCACAUAGCCUUUGGGCCGGUGAUUGACGGCGACGUCAUCCCAGACGACCCCCAGAUCCUGAUGGAGCAAGGCGAGUUCCUCAACUACGACAUCAUGCUGGGCGUCAACCAAGGGGAAGGCCUGAAGUUCGUGGACGGCAUCGUGGAUAACGAGGACGGUGUGACACCCAGUGACUUUGACUUCUCCGUGUCCAACUUUGUGGACAACCUUUACGGCUAUCCUGAAGGGAAAGACACUUUGCGGGAGACUAUCAAGUUCAUGUACACAGACUGGGCCGAUAAGGAAAACCCGGAGACGCGGCGGAAAACCCUGGUGGCUCUCUUUACUGACCAUCAGUGGGUGGCCCCCGCCGUGGCCACUGCCGACCUGCACGCGCAGUACGGCUCCCCAACCUACUUCUAUGCCUUCUAUCAUCACUGCCAAAGCGAAAUGAAGCCCAGCUGGGCAGAUUCGGCCCAUGGCGAUGAAGUCCCGUAUGUCUUCGGCAUCCCCAUGAUCGGUCCCACCGAGCUCUUCAGUUGUAAUUUCUCCAAGAACGACGUCAUGCUCAGUGCCGUGGUGAUGACCUACUGGACGAACUUCGCCAAAACUGGUGAUCCAAACCAACCAGUUCCUCAGGAUACCAAGUUCAUUCAUACAAAACCCAAUCGCUUUGAAGAAGUGGCCUGGUCCAAGUAUAAUCCCAAAGACCAGCUCUAUCUGCAUAUUGGCUUGAAACCCAGAGUGAGAGAUCACUACCGGGCAACGAAAGUGGCUUUCUGGUUGGAAUUGGUUCCUCAUUUGCACAACUUGAACGAGAUAUUACAGUAUGUUUCAACAACCACAAAGGUUCCUCCACCAGACAUGACAUCAUUUCCCUAUGGUACCCGGCGAUCUCCCACCAAGAUAUGGCCAACCACCAAACGCCCAGCAAUCACUCCUGCCAACAAUCCCAAACACUCUAAGGACCCUCACAAAACAGGGCCCGAGGACACAACUGUCCUCAUUGAAACCAAACGGGAUUACUCCACCGAAUUAAGUGUCACCAUUGCCGUCGGGGCGUCGCUCCUCUUCCUCAACAUCUUAGCCUUUGCGGCGCUGUACUACAAAAAGGACAAGAGGCGCCAUGAGACUCACAGGCGCCCCAGUCCCCAGAGAAACACCACAAAUGAUAUCACUCACAUCCAGAACGAAGAGAUCAUGUCUCUGCAGAUGAAGCAGCUGGAACACGAUCACGAGUGUGAGUCGCUGCAGGCACACGACACGCUGAGGCUCACCGGCCCUCCAGACUACACCCUCACGCUGCGCCGGUCGCCGGAUGACAUCCCGCUUAUGACGCCAAACACCAUCACCAUGAUUCCAAACACAUUGAUGGGGAUGCAGCCUUUACACACUUUUAACACCUUCAGUGGAGGACAAAACAGUACAAAUUUACCCCACGGACAUUCCACCACUAGAGUAUAGCUUUUCCCUAUUUCCCCUCCUAUCCCUCUGCCCCUACUGCUCAGCAAUGUAAAAGAGACAAAUAAGGAGAAAGAAAAUCUCCAAACAAGGAAUGUUUUUGUGCCACUGACUUUAGAUAAAAAUGCAAAAGGGCAGUCAUCCUGUCCCAGCAGACCCUUCUCAUUGGCAUUUUCCAGUAUUGUGAGAUCAAUUUCUGACCAUAUGAAAUGUGAAAAGUAUAUGUUUCUGUUACAAUACUGCUUUAAGAUCUAAACCAUGCCAACAGAUGUUUCGUGUGACUAGGACAUCACCAUUUCAAGGACCUGUGUGUUUCCAACAUCAUGGUAGCGGCACAGACUUCCAAAGCUCAGCCAAGGACACUUAAUAUUUUUUAAUUACAAUGGAAAUUUAAACAUUUUUAUGUGGGCUACACAAUGGAUGGCUCUUCUUAAGUGAAGAAAGACUAUGGGCUUUUACACAGCACAUGGAGCUGUAAUCCACAAAGAAGGAAAUGCAGAAUUUUAUUAUCAAAGUAAGCGAAUUGACUGGGCAGAAAAAUUGUAGGGUUCUGUGGAAGGAGGUAUUCUGCCAGCCUGAACUAUAUUUAAGAAACUUUGUAAAAAAUAAAAAUGUAUAUAGCUGUGAGCUCAAACAAAAACUGCAGACAAACAAAAAAGAGAAAAGCUUUUAUUUGUGUUUUCAGUUUGAAAGAACUUUUAGCAAGGUUGUGCUUUCAGACACAUAUUAGUCAUACCACCUUAGUUCCUCUACAGCAAAAGAGGCGUUUCUUCUUAAUUACAUGUAAACAAAGACAUGGGAUUUUCUGACAUAAGAUUUUCAUUUGUAGGAAUAUGUGAUGUCAAAUGGAAGACUCAGAAAUUUUGUGUGGCCUAUUUCUCCCUGUCAGGUUGCACAGAUGCAUGUAGAGCAUUCUUAGGAGACCAUUGUUUUAGAAAACUUUGAUUUGUACAUGUUAGUUUUCAUGAAAUUGCAGCACAGAGAUAGGUCCUAAAAGUGGAAUGUAUUUAAAACUUGUUGAAUUAAACACACACACACAGACACACACAAAGAAUCAGCAGAGAAAACAAAAUACAAGUCCCGUUCUGUAGUUCUUGCCCUUUGAAUAUAUUCGGAAGAGUUGCUUCCUAUUUCAGGACCCUGCCAAAAAAGAAGAAAGCUUGCCUUUGGUGGGGCUAUGCCCCUUGGAGUAAAUACAGCUCUGUGUUCCCUAGCAGCUGCCGGAGGAUUUGGCUGAUGAAGUACCUGCUCAGCUUAGCUAAUCAGAUUAAAGGAAGACAUGUGUGUCUUUUGUUUAAGCACCUAGUCCCUUAUUUAUCAGUAAACAGGUUUUUAAAAAUCUUUUACGUCAUUUAUAGGAUAAAACAUAUGCUUGUCUAAAAAUAUCACUUUUUGUGGAUUUAUCUGAUCACCAAAUAACAAAUAUUAACAAGAAUGGGGGGAAAAGGAUAGAACAUUAAAACUGCUUUGCAUAGGUUUUUGGGGAAAUUAGGAUAUCUUCACUGACAAGACACUGAAUGGAAUUUAUUCACCCAUUUUAAAUUGGUUACUUGGGGAUCAGAGAUUUGUCUCUCCAACAGCUUGUCAUUUUCUCAUUACUCAUUUUCAGGAAAUUUUGUAGUAUUACGAGGCAGAAGGAAACACAGUAGCAAUGGUUGCUCUAUAUUUUGUCUUUCAAAGAUUACUGCAUUACCAAGAAACAGUAGCCAAAGAUGUUUGAAGAUCAUGUCCCUUAGCUGCAUUGUGGGUUAUUCUAGAAAUCCAAUGUUAAAUGCCUCUACUAAAGUGGGGAUUCCUCAUAAAAAUUGUCCAGCUACCUGACUCUUUUGCAAUAACAACUUUGAUUACUGAAUCCAUACACUCAAACUAUAGUGAUAUAUCAGUGUUUGGGAGUGACCUCUAGAAAACAGAAAACUGUUUUUAGAAAUACAUAAAAUCACUUCCAAAUCCUGUUGCUUAUGUUGGGUUAAAUUUGAAAGCGAUUCUCUAUAUAUAAAUAUGUGAAAUAUUAUGAUCUGAACUUAGCACACAUGAAGCAACAUUUCUUUGCUACACAGAGGUGUCUUGGUAAGAUUUCAUUCCCAAUUCAUUUUUCAUAGAGCUAUGAUCAGGCAAUUUCUGCAAACAAUGUAUGACCCCACCUGAGCAACCACAAAUAGGCUCUCCAUGAAACUGCAAAGGAACUGAUGUGUGGCAUCCAUGCUGGUUUUGUCUGUCUAAAAUAUGAAUUCCAGUAUCUGUUCAUAUUUCCAAUUGUCUCCUGCUAGCAAUAUGUACAACAACAUGACAGUCUUGUGACAUCUUAAGGAAGAGUUCCUGUUAAAUGAAUAGCUUUAGCUUUUACAGGGGAUUAUGAUUAAAAGUGAUUUAGUACAUCUUACAUGAUAUCUCAUUUCUACAUGAAAAGAAGUUAUAGAAUCUUCAUAGAGUUCCAUGAGAAAAAUAUACUUGCUAUUUAUAGAAAAAGAGAAAAAAGAAAAAAAUGAGAAACAAGUAAGAAAAAAUCCUUUCCUAGGCUUUUCCUUGAUCUUCAGGGGCACACAGGGUUUAAUGGUUCCUUGGGUUAUUAUUUUGAGGUUUUGUUCUUUCUUUUGCCUUAAGUAAUGAUAGAAGAUAUAUAUGGCCACACACAUAUGUAUAAACUUUUCAGCAGCAUUUUAAUAAUAAAAUAUCACACUAUUUUCUAAUGCUUUGUACAAACAAUUAUGCAUCUGUUCUUUCUUGGUAGGUGGAAUAUUUUAUUUACUUUUGCUAUUCUUUGAAUGCCUUUUUCUUUGUAAAUGCUAAGUGGUAGCUCUCACAUAGGCUACAAAUGGAUAAAUACAUUUGGUAAUGGGAUGGUUUCUUUAGCUUUGGCCAGCUGCACAGUUGAGGAGGCUCUGCUGGCCUGAUUUUGGAAAACCCAGCCCUGUUUGGUGAAGCUCCUGAGAUGACACUGCCUGAAAAUGAGUAUUUGGUUGUGUUAUUUCUACCACUGCUCAUUCUUGUGUCUCUAUGUUUUGAGUUGUGUUCAACAAACUGAUGCCUUAAUGGUUUCAAAUAGAAAGCCUUAGGUGAGUAAACCUUCUAGUGACAGCAAGAAAUUCUACUGAAUGAAACUCCAGAGGAAGAAAAUCAUUGUCAUUCCAAUGGGAGCUCAAUUGUCAAUUCCUUCCUGUGCAUCCAGCCAUCACGAACUUACUUCACAUUCACAGUAGCUCUAAGGGGCAGGCACCUGCAUUACUCCCCUUUCAUAAUGGAAGAUGUUCUGACUUUGAAACAUGCCCCUUUGGACAGGAAAAUUUGAUGGAUAACAGGACAGCAUAUCCUCAUAUCCCAGUCUUUCACCAAGAAGUUAUACAGCAAACACUCGUAAGUCAAGGUCUUGCAUGAUAAUCUUUGCUAAGUACCAAGUAAAGAAUAUAGCAAGGACCCAGACUGUUUGGAAUAUGUGAACUAAAUCCUUCAGAUGUUGUUGGUCUCAAUCAUGUUGUGAAGGCACACAGGAGAAUACAUACACACACAUAUGCAUAUAUGUAUAUAUGUACAUGUAUGUGUACGUUAUAUAUGAGUAUACAUGUACCUAUCCUAUAUAUGUAUGUAUGUAUAGAAUCACAGACAGCAUAAUGUUUUGGACAAAUAUAGAUCACAUAUAUGAUGAUGGUGUCAUGAGAUUAAAAUACCAUGUUUUUAUUCUA